CUUUACAGCUACUGACAAAGCUGGAGUGGGGGAGGCCUUGCUCUAGUGAAAGCGAGCUACUGGGGGGAAUGGGCGACGUUUGAUCGGGAAAAGGUUGUCUACAAACUGGAAAGACAUAUCCAAGAGAUGGAUGACAGCAGCACCUACAUAGAGUUUGACGUGCCAGAAUUCAGCAACACCGUCCUCAACCAGCUCAACGAGUUGCGACUGCAAGGGAAGCUAUGUGACAUUAUCGUUCACAUCCAGGGCCAGCCGUUCCGGGCCCACAAGGCUGUGCUGGCGGCCAGCUCGCCGUACUUCCGCGACCACUCGGCCCUGGGAACCAUGAGCGGCCUGUCCAUCUCCGUCAUCAAGAACCCUGAGGUGUUUGAGCAGCUGCUGGCCUUCUGCUACACUGGCCGAAUGUCCCUGCAGCUCAAGGAUGUCAUCAGCUUCCUCACAGCAGCCAGCUUCCUGCAGAUGCAGGCCGUCAUCGACAAGUGCACCCAGAUCCUGGAGGGAAUCCACUCCAAGAUCAGCAUCCCCUCCAGCGCCACCAGCCCAGACAAGGAGGGCUCCCAGGCCAGCCGUAACGGUGUCAAAGACAGCAGCCUCUUCAUCAACCCCACACAGAUCUCCCCCCCGUACUACUCCAGACACAGCAUAGAGGCCCGCUCUGAGCUGGCAGCAGGGAAAGGCCAUGGCAGGGCGCGGCACCAGGAGGAGGGCCAGUCAGACCGCGGCAGCAGUGACGGUGUGUCCGAGCAGGAGGCAGCCAUGGAGGGAGAGACGGAACAGGUGGAGCUGAUUGGGAAGGAUGGCCUGGUGACAGACGUGCAUGUGAAGCUGGAAAAGACGGACCGACCCAGCUACUCCGACAGCUCCUCGGCAGGCGACGAUGGCUACUACACAGAGCUGGUGGAUGGAGAGCAGGUGCUGGCUGUCAGUGUGGGCUCCUAUGGUCCUGUCAUCCAGCCGACCGGCUACACUUACUCAGGCCUGUCGUCUCCCUGCUUCGUCAGCCUCAGUAGCUCCAGCUCCUCCCGCUCCAUGCUCAGUGGCUUCAGGGGCGGCCGGGCCAGAGCCAAGCGCCCCCCUGUAGCCGUCCCAGCAGAGGUCCAGUGUCAGAUCAAACCAGGAAACACAGAGGACCGCAGCGAAGCAGUGUUGGGCCAAGCAGGCUUUGAGAAUGACGUCCAGGAACUGAGCCUGCGCAGCCAGUGGUACCCCUACAACGAGAGGCUCCUCUGCAUCUACUGCGGCAAGUCCUUCAAUCAGAAGGGCAGCCUGGACCGCCACAUGCGCCUGCACAUGGGAAUCACACCCUUCGUCUGCAAGUUUUGCGGCAAGAAGUACACGCGCAAGGACCAGCUGGAGUACCACAUCCGCGGCCACACGGACAACAAGCCCUUCAACUGCCAGAUCUGUGGCAAGUGCUUCCCUUUCCAGGGCACCCUCAACCAGCACCUGAGGAAGAAGCACUUGGGGGCCACAGAGGGCACCAACCACAUGGACUCUCCAGAGAGGACGGAGGGGAGCUCUGGUCAGAAAGACCCAGAGGAUGCCUCUGAGGGGAUGGCCUUUGAGACGCAGUAUGCUGAGGAGGCUCCGGCCACCGACAUGGAAGAAAGCUCAAAGUGCAGCCCCGAGGAAGCCCAGGUGUCCAGAUGUGAUUAUUAGGCCCUGCUUCGGGUUGAAAAAGCUUUAACAUAAUGUUGUUGUUUUUUACGUUUAGGAUUUCUUUUGGAAGUGGCUCCUUCAAAUGUUGAACCUACCUUGUGCGUCCAGGUUUUCUGCCUGUCCAUUUUUGUGAAAGUAGAAUGUUUAACAUAGAAGAAGAGAAGUAGAUUAUUUCAAAAGAAAGGAGAAUCAACUUGCUAUUGAUAAGGUUGCCUCAAUAAUCAAGGCCUCUAUGUUGUUUUUGUUUUCUCUUUAAUCUUUCCAUGUUUAAAAAAAAACAUAUUUACAGAGUAAUAUAGGCAUGUUGCAAUAAUUGAUAAUAUGAACGCUCUGCUGCUUGUCACAAGUUUUUACCUGACCUGUUUUUGCACACGUGGCCAAAGGUGGUCACUUUACUCACAAGGAAUUAUUUUUCUGCAAGUGCAAAGCUUCAUGUGACAUAUCCGUUCAAUACCUCAUGAUACAACUACACACUCAAAACAGACAGUAUUUUAGCUUUUAUGAAACUCCACCGGGUUCUACCUCAUAGCUAAGAACCUAACAGGAACAGAAGUGUUCUCCGUUAAAAAAAAAGAAAAGGUUUUGUUUUAGGGUCUGUGUUAUAUUUGCCAAACCCUAGGCAGAACAAUCCUCAGUCUCAACACAAAGCCUUGAUACUGUAGACUAAUGUUCCUUGUUGGUUGUAUGAACUCUGGACCGUCCAUAGUUUCAUGGUCAGCCAGGAUGUAAUGUGGGCGAAGAAAGGAUUUGCUAUAUUUAAGCAAUAAGUCCCGAGGAGGUGUGGUGGUCAAUAUACCACGGCUAAGAGGUCUUCUUAUG